AUGACUGAAAUAUUGCAAGGCAGAAGAGACCUAUACAGAUGCGUUCAUAUAACUGAUACUAUGUUACCUCCUAAUUUUGAGUCAGUUUUAGAUAAUUCUUUGAUGUUAUGGCAGAGUGAUGGAACCCGAGGAGUUUGAUUAGAAAUACCAAAUACUCAGUUAGAACUAGCCCCAAUCUGCAGAAAUAAAGGAUUUUACAUGCAUCAUGUAUCUGAAAAUGGUCUUGUCAUGGCAAAAUGAUUAUUAAGUACUCCAAAUAAGCUGCCAGGAUACUCAAGUCACUAUAUGGGUGCUGGUGGAGUCAUUUUUAAUAAUGAAGGAAACAUUUUGCUGAUAAAAGAUAGAGUUGAUAAAACAGGGAUUGAUCAAUGGAAAUUGCCAGGAGGGCUAUUAGACCCUGGAGAGUUAGUUUUAGAAGCUGCAUGCAGAGAAGUAAAAGAAGAGACAGGAAUAGAUGCAACUCCAAUAGGGAUUUUAUGCUUCAGAGAGAUUAAGAGCUUAUAUUUCAAUAGACCAGAUAUAUAUUUUAUUGUUUUGAUGAAUGCUGACAAUUUUGAAUUCAAUUCUGAUACGAGUGAAAUAUCUCAUAUAUGUUGGAUGCCUUUUCAAGAAUGGCUAACUCCAUGAGGCAAAAAAUUUGUUCGCUCAUGAAGGGGGUGGGGUGCGUAUCUUCACACGACGACUAUUUCAUAACGACUAUUUUUUUUUGGGCCUAUUUUUUUUUGGCCUAUUUUUUUUUUGGCCUAUUUUUUUUUAGCCUAUUUUUUUUUUGGCCUAUUAUUUUGGCCUUUUUUUUGACAAUUUUUUAACUAUUUUUUACUAAUAUUUGGGCAUAUUUCCAUACUAAUUGUUUUAUCUAAUUUUUAAUGUGUUUAAACGAUUUAACCAACAAAAAAUGCACCCUUAACAGAUUUCUUACUCCAUGAAUACUAAUUCAUUGCUUUUAAAAUUUCGAGAAUUUUAGGUUUAAUUAGGAGUUUUUAACUUAAUUUACUCAAUAUUAAUCGCGUAAGGAAAGGUCUCUGUUUUUCAAUAAGGUUGUAGUCCUCUCAGCAGCUUCAUGAAUGAGGCUAGGCAAAAAAAAUAGGCCAAAAAAAAAUAGGCCAAAAAAAAAUAGGCCAAAAAAAAAUAGGCAAAAAAAAAUAGGCCAAAAAAAAAUAGGCCAAAAAAAAAAAUAGGCCAAAAAAAAAUAGGCCAAAAAAAAAUAGGCAAAAAAAAUAGGCCAAAAAAAAAAAUAGGCCAAAAAAAAAUAGGCCAAAAAAAAAUAGUCGUUAUGAAAUAGUCGUCGUGUGAAGGAACGGUGGGGUGAAUUUUUUUUUUUAUAUUAAAAAAAAUCCUAUUCACAAAAAUUGGAAAAAGAUAUUAAUUUAAUUUGUAAAUUUAUGUUUUUUAAAUUGCAAACUGUUUAUAAUUAAGCAGAAUUAGCUCGAGAUUUCAUUAUAAUUAUUAUCUCUUAUAUAUCAAAAAUUUUUUUUAUAUAAAAUUUUUAGUUCGCUCACAGAGGGUGGACUUUUGGGUAAAAAAUAGGGAUUUUUCCAAUAGUUUUAUUCGCUCACGGACAGGGAGUAAGAAACACACCAAAUGGAGGAGGUCGAAAUAUGCUGGCAAAACUUUAUGGGGAUUCUCAAGAAAACCCGAGGGAUUUCUUUAGGAAAGUAGCUUUGAGAAACCAAAGCUAUGAAUAUGUGACUCCAAAUUUUACAAAAACUCAUUAUUUGCAUUUACCGUCUAUAUAG